ACUCGCUCUGGCUGGGAGCCGGUACCGGUCUGCGAACCCUGUACCUACCAGCCGUAUGUCCGAUGGCGUAACCACGACACCACCGAGGCCGGUGUGGAUAUAUUAAAACUGAUCCCUUUUUAUUUGGUAGACAUAACUUAUAUAGUGGCAGUGGGUUUUCUCUUACUGUCUACACCAAGUAUUGAAAAAAACUAUAUUAUAAAGAAUAAACAGACUACUUUAAAAUGUACUGAGAUGUUUGAACAAUCUCGAACAGAGUUUCCUAUAUUGUAUUGUACAUGCAGUUAGGCAUUGCUUAUUGGUGAUUGUUUUUUUUUCAUUUUGCAGGAUAUCAGAACGGCAAAGAAGUUAGUGAAGACACUAUCUCUAGAAAUGUUUCAAGAGACGAAACUCAUCCUGCAAUUUGAUCACAAGAAUUCAAUUCCUAUGCUUUCUUUCAUGUACUAUGACACGAAACCAUGUGAACGCUACAUCAGAGACUGCAUGCUCCGACUUUAUGCUGCUAGCCCGGAAGAUGCUGAAAAAGAGAGACUAGCUACCAGUGUGGCUGAACAUCACAUCAAAAGGUUUAUGGAGGAAAAUUAUGAAAGAUUUCAGAACUGGAAGAAUUUGGACGAGUCGUUAACUCGACGGCACCCUACAUUAAAAGGGAAACAAUGUUUGUGUGAGAUGAUAGAACAAGAACUGUGGCCACAACAACCAUGUCUACUUAACCAGCGUGCGGCAUAACGUCAGUGGUAUUAGUUCACAAAACUGCUUAAGCUGUAAUCUGUACUGUAUUUUACAGUGUCUACGUUUUGCACUGGCGUUGUUAGGGGGGACUAUUGGGGUGGGCACUAUUUCCCCCCCCCCCCCCACCGUCCAAUCACAUAUAUUCCCCCCACCUUUUAUAUUUACAUAUUUACUUGAAUCCCAAUAAUAUGACUCAUAGACAGUAUAGUCUCUCCCUCCCCCACCCCAACCCCCGCUAUAAAAUCGUUGGCCCAUUUGUUCAGAGCAUAGUUAAAUUAACCUUAGGUUAGUCAUAAUAUUUUUAUUUUAAUUACUUUUUUUCUACAAAUACAAAAUAGGCUUUAGUUUUGACCAUGUAUGGAUAUCCUUGGUUUCAAUAUAAUGUUUUGAAUUGUUA